AUGGCAGCUCUCUUGAACCGGCUGCACCACAUCUCGCUCCACGUUUCUAACGCGGAAAAAGUAGCUGGCGACCUUGUUUCUAAAUUCAAGUUUAGUUUGUUUGCCACCAGACUUACGGACACGUCCAGGCAGCUUGCUUUCAGAAAAGGAGCGGCUGUUUUCAUCGUGAAUGAGAGACAAAACCAGAGCGGUGUGAGUUUGAAUGAAGAGCUACGCCUUACAGAUGCAUUUGAUCCACACCCGGUCAACGUGGGGAAAAACGACCGGGAUAACUCUAUAAAAUGUCUGUACGAUGUCAGCCCACAUUACCCGGUGGAUUCUGUGAGCAAUGUGUGUUUCGAGGUGGAGGAUGUGGAAAGGUCAUUCCGUACUCUUCGCAAUCUGGGCUGCAAUUUCAUGGUGCCCCUCACGACAGUUCAGGACGAGGGGGGUACUGUCACCUACUCUGUGGUUAAAUCCAUUGUGGGGAAUGUGUGCCACACACUUAUUGACAGGACUAAAUACAAGGGGAGCUUCCUGCCAGGCUUUGAUGUCAUUGAAAAGGACUGCUUGCCAGAGGAGGACCUGUCUUGUCCAAUCACACAUUUUGAUCACAUAACUUAUGUCUGUCCCAAGAAAUCAACCCACCAGGUCAUGAGCUGGUAUGAGAAGCUCUUUGGUUUCCAGAGGUUUUUCAUUAAAAGUGAUGAAGAUGUGGAUGAAGGUUUUGUCGUGAACCACAAGGACGUUGGACUACGUCUUACCGCCAUGGAGUACUGGAAAUGCAGCGAAGCAGGUAUCACGCUCCCCUCGGUGGACAAAAAAGAGCCUGACUGCAAGUUCGUCAUUGCAGAAUCACUGCCCGGACAAGGUAAGAAUCAGGUUGACACCUUCUUGGAGCAGCAUGGGGCCCCUGGGAUCCAGCACAUUGGGCUGUACACAAAGGACAUUGUUUCCAGUGCUCAGGCAAUGGCUCAUGCUGGGGUCCAGUUCUUCUCCCCUCCUGAUGCCUACUACACGGAGGUUGGAAAACAGCAGGAGAUUGAGGAGGCGGGUCACAGUCCCCAGUUGCUGGCGCAGAAUGGCAUUCUACUGGACACGGACCUGUGCCAGGAUCCCUUACCACAGACAACAUCCAGUGAGAAGAAAAGACACCUCCUCCAGCUGUUCACCAAGCCACUCUUUGCAGAGGAUACCUUCUUCCUCGAGCUGAUAGAGCGAAGAGGGGCCACAGGUUUUGGCGAGGGGAACAUCAGGGCCCUGUGGAGGUCGGUGCAGGCGCACAUGGAGAAUCAAGGAGAGGGAUCCAAAAAAACUAUGCAAUCUGACCAGUAUUAGUGAAUGUACAUGUUUUUAAAAGGGAUUCAUUUAUCUGCUGUUUUUGAAAAAAUCUAUGUGAGAGCACUUAUUUGGGGAAAGAAUAUGCGGAACGUAAAGAAAAUGUAAUAUAUUUUUAGUUUUCUCUUUAUUUCAGUUUAUGAAUCAGUUACUCACGUUACACAUUGCACUGAUAACAAGUACAAUAUUUUGUAUUGAUAUUUAUCUUUGAACAUGACUGUACUGUUUAAAACGGCACUAUGGACAAAAUGGUACACAAACAGAUUGUACACAUCUACUUAAAAUGUUCCAAAAAAAUACACUUCCUGUAGCGGUAAAAAAAAUCUUUGUUUUUACUCUGUUAAAGGAAAUUAACCGACUGAAUUCACAGCAACUGUUCCUCAAUAAAUCUGUUACUCACAGAGUAGUGAAGACCAAUUACUGUCCUCAAUUAAUGUGCUCUUUGUUUCUUAGAAUGCGGUCGAACCACAUUUCAGAAAAAGAGCUCUUCAAAUGUCCUAGGUCUUAGGUAAACACCAGUGAGCAGAAAGUGUGUACUUAUGCAUAGUACUGGGAAAAUUAUAUUCAUUAUUUUAUUUUUUUACAGCUGUACUAACAAUCCAUGAAUGUAAUAUACAUUACAUUGUUGUGCUGCUAGUUAGGUUUAAGUAAAAUAUUAAGAUACAUCUUAAUAUGAAAGUUAUAUUGUAAAUACAAUAUUAACAGGAUUUGUAUAUAAUAUGUAAAUGCAAUGAUGAUAAUAGUUCUAUGAUUUAAGAAUAAUGUUAUACACUUACAGUGGCAAUUGUAAUUAUUUACAUUUUUUUCUUUUUUUUUAAACGCCAUGCUGCAUUUUGCUAAGAAUACUGUUUUCUAAUGCAGGACUUGAUAUUUUCACUGUGGUACCGCUAGUUUUUUUAAUGUGUACACUGGGCAUACUCUGGUCUUUCCAAGAGUAUCAUCUUUAUAUAAAUAAAGAAGAGCUUUUGCUCUCAGGGCUCCUAGA